GUGUGUGUGAUUUGAUAUCUAAUUGUCCAUGUUCUCUCCCUGUAGCCCAGGAAAGACCUGCACUUCCUCAUGGAGAACAACAAUGAGUACAAAGGCCUUCUGGGAUGUUUCCCUGACACCAUUGGAGUACACAAGGCGGCCAUAGAGAAGGUGAAGGAGGGAGACCGGCUGGUGGCAGCUAGCAAGAUCACCCCUCAAGACAAAGUGACCAUGGCUAAACGUGUUAGCACCAUGUCAUUUGCACUACAAGCUGAGAUGAACCACUUCCAUAGCAACCGUAUCUACGACUACAACAGGGUGAUGCAGCUGUACCUGGAGGAGCAAGUGAAGUUCUACGAGACGGUAAGAACACAAUUUUAA